AUGUACGACGCGCAUGAACAGAUGCUUGCCAUGGAAAGAAAUCAUACCAUCAAUCAUUCACAGAUCAUUGUUGAGGUGUAUGCUCACGUUAUCAUGGAAUCGGAGAACGUGGGCCCGGAGGCGGGCAGCCUCACUGUUACCGAGGAUGACAUUCACGAAAACUUAAAGACUAUGAACACGAACUAUAGACCUGCCGAUAUAUCCUUCAAGCUAAAGGACGCACAAUGGGUUAGAGAACCUGAGUGGUUAGGAGGUCGCAAUGCCGAUAUGCAGAAGGCACUCCACGAGGGAGGCAGCAGCACGCUCAACAUAUACUAUACCAAUUAUAUGAAGCCACGGGUCCGUAUCGAGGGAGGAGCCGCUACAUUCCCUGUUGAGUUGGAAAGCCCGGAUGGACCCCUGCUCGACGGCCUCGUGAUCGAUAAGUUAUUCGCUUCACUUGACAAACGAUUUAUGAUACGUGAGAUUGGACACUGGUUCGGGCUACUGCAUUCAUUCGAGGACAUUUGUAACGACGGCGGCGAUUAUAUAGACGACACGCCUCCUACCCCGAAGAGUUGCUACGAAGACGUCUUCACUUGUCCCGGCAAUAACUUUAUGGGCUACGGCCCAGAUGAGGGCAUGUUUACCCCUGGCCAGAUCACUCGCCUGCAUAGCUUAUGGACCAAGUACCGCGCGAGCGGCACGGCCGCGCCCGAGAUUGCGCUGGCUCCUCUCAACUCCACCGACAAUGUGCGUACCAAGCGCCCGUUUUAUCCUGACCCGGAGAGCUGGAGGCAGGCCUACCGGAAGUGCCACCCAAAGGCCGACGGCAGAGCCGAAGAAACGCGUGAAAGCUACUGCGGGACAGAGAACUUUUGCCGCUGGGGGCUCUACAAGCUGGCGGGAGAGCAGUACGCGAGCGUAGACGCUUGUCUAGAGUCCCGGACGGCUGACCUGCUCCCGUGGAUCAUGCCCAAGCCCGACCUCGACCGAUUCGACGAAUUUUGUCCCAAGAACCAGAAAUAUAUCGUCGAGACGGUCUGCGGCACAGACAGCUACUGCAAGGCUUUCGACUGGCCCGUAAAGGAGACGCCAGCAUCCCUGUUCGACGCCCGUGGGCAAGAUACAACUUCAAAAUACAGCAACAGCACCGUCUGCUUCGAGGACCACUUUGCGUCUCCCGAGAUGUCGCCGGCGGAGGAGUUGCCGGACCAGAAUGGCGAUCCCUACUGA